AUGCUACUCAAAGGGAAGUCGUUAAUCCAUGCGUAUUUCGGAUUAUUAGCUUCUGAAGGAGAGACCUGCACAGCAACCACAACAUCAUCAACACUGUUCAAUGGCGUCUGCACUUUCAGCUGCUUUGCAUUCUCGCUGUCGAAUAAUGAUGUAGCGGAAGAUCAGGGUGGCAGGGUGGUGGUGGGUCUAUACGUUCAACAGGGACACAGCAGGACUCCUGUUACAGGGCUGUACCUGAUCGUGACGGUCGAUGUCCGUGUGACUGAUAGCAGUCACAGUGUACAAACGACGCCUACGCGACACCACGGGCAUACAUCAUCUACACUCGCAAUCGAUAUACUUGCGCAUUCAGGGUGA